CCGUUCAUAUGUGUAAACAAACCCAUCAUCAAAAGCUCAACCUCUCUCGCCCACUGUUCGUCUUCUUCUACAUCAUCAACAUCCCAUUUACAGCAGCAAUCAAAAUUCAUUCCAGCUGCAUAUUAUAUCCCAUCCGCAUUCUUCUUUUGAAACAGCCUUACUGUUCAUACUCUUAUCUUCUGUCCGAAUCGUCAUUUGAUUACUGCUUCUGCAGUAUCUACCUCAUUCAGCACAGGCGUUCGCCAAACCGCUUCAGUUUUAGAAGCAGUUCUCCAUCAUGGGCUCACUUGCCGUCAUCGCUCUGGGUCUUGGCCUCGCAUCUGCAGCGGUCCUCAAUGGCGGAAGUAUCCCUGGAAAGAACAUUCCUUCGGACGCUCCAGUCAAUACCACGAUUCCCAGUGUCAGGCUGGCGAAGUGGUGCAACGAUGAAGGCCGUACUCAGGGCCAGCAUGUUGCCUGCGAGCUCAUGCUGCAUCCUGAGAGGGCAGACGGUAGUUCUGUGCUCGACCGCUGCUUGCCAGCGCAAGUUCCGAGUAGGGAAUGUAACUUUAUCAAUGAGUUCGCACGUCAGUGUACACAAGCCUUCAAGGGCGAGCCAGUCACUCCCAUAGCGCCACGUCGCAAUGGUCCUUACAGCGUAGCGGAAUGUGAAGACACACUCGACUGGUUGAGAAACUGCAACGGAGCUCACCCCUGUGUUAUGGCGGCAUUUUCUAUCAGUUGGUGCAAAACACGCUCGAAUGAUGACAGCGUCACGGCAUUGUGCCAGCGUCUCCUGGAAGGAGAUUCAACGCAAACGUCUCGACAGAAGACGCCUUGUUCGACAUUCGAACGCCAGAUCUCCAGCGGGCCAAGCCGUGCAAGCAACUCAAGCACCCUCGGUCGUGCCAAGUCUACUGGCGUCGUUGUCAAAGGAUCCCAUGUCAAGCCUAGUGGCAUUGUCGUUCACAAUGCCACAACGGGCAUAAAGAUCAAGCCCGGCAUCGUUGUUGUUGACAAUCCUCGCUUCAAUGCCAGCAGUAUUAUUAUUAGACCUAGCAACUCCACGUUCAGCAAUACCACGAUCAAUCAUGUGCACUCCAAGACGACUGUUGGCCCGGCUCGAGACCAAGUCACUGCCAGCAACCGAACCAGCAAGCCUAUUCCAUCAAUUCUGGUGAACGGCACAACCACAUUUGGCCACCAAAUUAACGUCACUGUUGUACCUCUCGGCCACUCUGACGGGAAAUCGUUCAACACAACUGUCAACAUCACAGCUCCCGGACCGGUGCGUCGUCCAUGCUCGCCGCAGACAGCUGGGACUGCGCCUCUGCCGCUCCACGAUACGGCUGGAGACUUUUUGAACUUUGAUAAAUAUGCCAUCAUUGCCAAGGAUGCGAACACGCCGCAAGGCUACAUCCGCGUGUUUGAAAACGCAAAGGCGUCGGUAGACCUUUCAACCUUCAUCUCUGGCAAGCAGCUAAACAAGUACGAUCCGAUGGAGUGCGCUCGAGAGUGCGAUGCAGUCUCAUCGUGUGGAGGCUUCAACAUCUUCGUGCAGCGGGACCCAAUCUUCAUCCCUGGACCUCGUUGCCCCAACCCUGCAUCAUCAGCGUCGUUUCGCUGCGCACUGUUUGGGUCGUUUCUGGGUGAGAGUUCAGUCACGGAUAGGGGCAGUUCAAUGGAAGAGUUUGAGGUUAUGAUAGCUGGAUCAAACGGCUACAACCGCAAGCAGAUCCUGCCGAACCGAAUUGACGGUUUUGGAGCAGCGGUUGCGCUGCCAGGGUCGUUUCAUAUAUCCCAGUCGAUCAGCGGCAGUCAGCUGGUGGUGGGUCCAUAUGAGCCUGCGCAAUGUGCCAUUCUCUGCAACCAGGAACUGACGAUGGUUGGGAGUGGCGGAGGGUCUGCCAAGUCGAGUGUUCACGCGCACCGUCGGUGUGGGUACUUUAACGCGUUCCUUGCCGUGCUGAAUACGAAGCCUGUGGGAACGUUUUGUGCGCUGUAUGCGAAUGCGAUGCCUGCCAAGAAUGCAACACUGAAGAGUGUGGAGUAUGACGGCAAGAAGUUUGAGGUGGCGUACUCGUAUGGCUAUGCGCCGGAGAAUUGAGGCUGGGAUGCUGUGGGUUGGACGUGUCGGCGCAUGAUGAAAGGUGGCGAGUGUAGAUGAGAAUCAAUUUGUUUUAUGCUGAUGGCCUGGAGUCCUGGACUCUCUGUGUCGUCGUCGUCGUCGUCGUCGUCGUGACUUGACCUUACUUUGAGACUCUGAAGUGCAUGUAAAGUAUAAAGCAUGAGUCAGGAUUUGAUUACGGAACGGUCUCGGUACUGCCGUUUCGAGCCAUUCCGUAGCUAGUAGUAAUUAGCCUGUUCACUGUCCUGUCCUGCCUAAG